UUCCCAGGACUGCUGCGGGAGUCGGAGGCUGCGGGGCGGGGAGAGAGAGGAGACGGCAGCCGGAGCGGACGCCUGUCAUCCGGAGACUCCCGGAAUAACACGAUUCAGCCACCGGACGAUCCCCAGCGGAGUCCCGGGAGUUUACACCCACAACGAGAACCCUCGGAGCGGAGCGAUGGAGGACGGGAAGCCGGUGUGGGCGCCGCACCCGACGGACGGGUUCCAGCUCGGGACCAUCGUGGACAUCGGAGCCGACAGCCUCAGCAUCGAACCUCUCAAUGGGAAGGGAAAGACGUUCCUGGCUCAGAUCAGCCAGGUCUUUCCUGCAGAAGAGGACGUGAACAAACACAUGGAGGACAACUGUUCUCUGAUGUACCUGAACGAAGCGACUCUGCUCAACAACGUUCGUGUGAGAUACAGCAAAGACAAGAUUUAUACGUUCGUAGCCAACAUCCUGAUCGCGGUGAACCCGUACUACGACCUCCCAAAGCUUUACUCACCGGAGACCAUCAAGCAGUACCGGGGCCGGUCUCUGGGGACGCUGCCGCCCCACGUGUACGCCAUCGCCGAUAAGGCCUACAGGGACAUGAGGGUGCUGAAGAUGAGCCAGUCCAUCAUCGUCUCGGGGGAGUCCGGAGCCGGGAAGACGGAAAACACCAAGUUUGUGCUCAAAUACCUGACGACCUCGUAUGGAACCGGGCAGGACAUCGACGAGAGGAUCGUGGAAGCGAACCCCCUGCUGGAGGCUUUCGGAAACGCCAAGACCGUGAGGAACAACAACAGCAGCCGCUUCGGGAAGUUUGUGGAAAUCCACUUUAACGAGAAGAACACGGUGGUGGGCGGCUUCGUUUCCCACUACCUGCUGGAGAAGUCCAGGAUCUGCAGGCAAAGCAAAGAGGAGAGAAACUACCACAUCUUCUACCGACUGUGCGCCGGGGCGUCCGAGGACAUCAGGCAGAAGUUCCACCUCAGCUCCCCCGACACCUUCAGGUACCUGAACAGAGGCUGCACUCGCUUCUUCGCUUCCAAAGACACAGACAAGCAGAUCCUGCAGAACCGCAAGAGCCCCGAGCACCUGAAGUCCGGCCCCUUGAAGGACCCCCUGCUGGACGACCAGGGCGACUUCAACAGGAUGUGCGUGGCCAUGAAGAAGAUCGGCCUGGACGACACGGAGAAGCUGGACCUGUUCCGGGUGGUGGCCGGCGUGCUGAACCUGGGGAACAUCGACUUCGAGGAGACGGGCAGCACGUCAGGCGGCUGCACCAUCAGGAAGCAGUCGAGUCAGACGGUGGAGCAGUGUGCCGAGCUGCUGGGCCUGGAGCAGGACGACCUGAGGGUCAGCCUCACCUCCAGGGUGAUGCUCACAACUGCAGGGGGCGCCAAAGGAACAGUCAUCAAAGUGCCUCUCAAAGUGGAGCAGGCCAACAACGCCCGUGACGCUCUGGCGAAGGCCGUGUACAGCCGGCUCUUCGACCACGUGGUGACCAGGGUCAACCAGUGCUUCCCAUUCGACUCCUCCGCCAACUUCAUCGGCGUCCUGGACAUCGCUGGUUUUGAGUACUUUGAACACAACAGCUUCGAGCAGUUCUGCAUCAACUACUGUAACGAGAAGCUGCAGCAGUUCUUCAAUGAGCGAAUCCUGAAAGAGGAGCAAGAGCUGUACCAGAAGGAGGGGCUGGGCGUCAACGAGGUUCACUACGUGGACAACCAGGACUGCAUCGACCUGGUGGAGGCCAAGCUGGUCGGCGUCCUGGACAUCCUGGACGAGGAGAACCGGUUACCUCAGCCCAGCGACCAGCACUUCACCGACACGGUGCACAACAAACACAAGGACCACUUCCGCCUCACGGUCCCCAGGAAGUCGAAGCUGUCCGUCCACAGGAACGUGAGGGACGAUGAAGGAUUCAUUAUCAGACACUUUGCAGGAGCCGUGUGCUACGAGACGACCAAGUUCGUGGAGAAGAACAACGACGCGCU